AUGAGGGACUAUUUAGCUUUGCACACAGGCACCUGGUUUUCACAAGGCGGCAGCUGCAGCAGUGAAAUCGCGGAGACCGUGGUGGACACUGGGCAGCUGAUCACCAAGCCCCAGAACCUGAAUGAUGCCUACGGGCCGCCCAGCAACUUCGAGAUCGAUGUGAGCAACCCGCAGACAGUGGGGGUCGGCCAGGGCCGCUUCACCACCUACGAAAUCAGGGUCAAGACAAAUCUGCCUAUUUUCAAGCUGAAGGAAUCUACUAUUAGAAGAUACAGUGACUUUGAGUGGCCGCAAAGUGAAUUAGAAAGAGAGAGCAAGGUUGUAGUUCCCCCGCUGCCUGGAAAAGCAUUUUUGUGUCAGCUUCCUUUCAGAGGAGAUGACGGAAUAUUUGAUGAUAAUUUUAUUGAAGAAAGGAAGCGGGGGCUGGGGCAGUUUAUAAACAAGCUCGCUGGUCAUCCUCUGGCACAGAAUGAACGUUGUCUUCACAUGUUUUUACAGGACGAAAUUACAGAUAAAGGCUAUACUCCAUCUAAAACAAGACAUGCCCGAAAUUUGGUGAGAAGGGGCAACAAAACACAAACAAAACAACUUUCCGUGACUAUUAAUGAUUCGUGUGCACCAGCGAAGAAGUUCUAUCUAACUUUUAGCAUGCCGCACGGAAACGGGUAUAACAUGCCUUCAGUAUACUAA